GAGGAGGAGGAGGAGGAGGAUCCUCCGGGCGGAGCUGCAACGCUGCGGUUCCACGAGGAUCCGGAACAGGCUCGGCUUCUUCUCUCUUCCUCCGGGAACGAGCCGCUUCCUCGCCGUCCUUGCCCGGGCUGCGCGUGUCCUUCGCCUCCUUGGAGCCACGGCCCGUCGGAAGCCGCAUCCGCGCUAAGAAGGUCUCGGGCGCCGACCCUUCCCUUCUUCCUCUCCCAACCCACCGAGGAGACCCUCCUUGAAGCCUUCUCCACCCAAGCAAGGUCUUCCUCGCUCUCCUGAGAAAGGUGAUCCUCCUUGAAAGCCCUUCCACCCCAGGAAAGGGCUCCAGGGUCCUUGUUUUUCCAUCCCUUCCUUUCCCAAACCCUUUGGGGACCCCAAUUUACUUAUUUCCCCCCAAAACCAGGGAGAUGUCCUCCUGGAAGCUCCUUCCACGCUAGGAGGGUCUUGGAGACCCCAUAAUUCCUCUCCAUACUCUAGAGAUCCUCCUUGAACCCCCUUCCCCUCUCUCCACAUCUUCCUAGCUUCCAAACUAUAGAAAAGUCUUGGAGACCCUUUGAUUUCUCCAUCCCUUCCUUUCCCAAACCCUUUGGGGACCCCAAUUUACUUAUUUCCCCCCAAAACCAGUGAAGACAUCCUCUUGGGAGACUCUUCCACGCUAGGAAGGUCUUGGAGAUCCCAUAAUUCCUCUCCAUACUCUAGAGAUCCUCCUUGAACCCCCUUCCCCUCUCUCCACAUCUUCCUAGCUUCCAAACUAUAGAAAAGUCUUGGAGACCCUUUGAUUUCUCCAUCCCUUCCUUUCCCAAACCCUUUGGGGACCCCAAUUUACUUAUUUCCCCCCAAAACCAGUGAAGACAUCCUCUUGGGAGACUCUUCCACGCUAGGAAGGUCUUGGAGACCCCAUAAUUCCUCUCCAUACUCUAGAGAUCCUCCUUGAAGCCCCUUCCCCUCUCUCCACAUCUUCCUAGCUUCCAAACUAUAGAAAAGUCUUGGAGACCCUUUGGUUUCUCCAUCCCUUCCUUUUCCAAAUCUUUUGGGGACCCCAAUUUACUUAUUUCCCCCCAAAACCAGUGAAGCCUCUUGGGAGACUCUUCCACGCUAGGAAGGUCUUGGAGAUCCCAUAAUUCCUCUCCAUACUCUAGAGAUCCUCCUUGAAGCCCCUUCCUCUCUCUCCAGAUCUUCCUACCUUCCAAACUAUAGAAAGGUCUUGGGAACCCUUUGGUUUCUCCAUCCAUUCCUUUUCCAUCUUUUGGGAACCCUAAUUUACUUAUUUCUCCCCAAAACCAGUGGAGAUAUCCCUGGAAGCCCCUUUCGCUCUAGAAAGGUCUUCUUCUCGCUCCAAAGAAAGGUGAUCCUCCUUGAAAGCCCUUCCACCCCUAGAAAGGGCUCAAGGAUCCUUGAGUUCCCAUCCUUUCCUUUGCCAAACCCUUUGGGGACCCUCAUGUCUCCAUUUCUCACCAACUCUAGGUGAGAGAGACUCCUGAAGGCCCCUUCCACACUAGGGAGGUCUUGGGGAUCCCUUAAUUUCUCUCCAUACACUAGAGGUCCUCCUCCAAGCCUUUUCCAUGCUAGAAAGGUCUUGGGGACCCCGUAAGUUAUCUCCAAAAACACUAGCGAUCCUCCUCGAAGCCCCUUCCUCUCUCUCCAGAUCUUCCUAGCUUCCAAACUAUAGAAAGGUCUUGGAGACCCUUUGGUUUUCCAUACCGUUUGGGGACCCUAAUUUACCUUUUUCUCCCCAAAACCAGUGAAGGCAUCCUCUUGGGAGACUCUUCCACGCUAGGAAGGUCUUGGAGACCCCAUAAUUACUCUCCAUACUCUAGAGAUCCUCCUUGAAGCCCCUUCCUCUCUCUCCAGAUCUUCUUACCUUCCAAACUAUAGUAAGAUCUUGGGAACCCUUUGGUUUCUCCAUACCUUCCUUUUCCAAGCCUUUUUGGGACCCUAAUUUACCUAUUUUCCCGAAAAGCUGUGGAGAUAUCCUCCUGGAAGCCCCUUCCUCUCUCUCUCCAGAUCUUCCUACCUUCCAAACUAUAGUAAGAUCUUGGGAACCCUUUGGUUUCUCCAUACCUUCCUUUUCCAAGCCUUUUGGGGACCCUAAUUUACCUAUUUUCCCAAAAAGCUGUGGAGAUAUCCUCCUGGAAGCCCCUUCCUCUCUCUCUCCAGAUCUUCCUACCUUCCAAACUAUAGUAAGACCUUGAGAACCCUUUGGUUUCUCCAUACCUUUCUUUUCCAGAACCUUUUGUGACCCGAUUUUCCCCAUCUCUUUUCAAAAAAAGAGUUAGGGAGUGUCUGAAGGCCCCAAACCCCAGGCCUAAAGUCCAAGCUCUGGAUAUUAUGCCUGCUUUCCCCCUCCGACUGGCAUCUCCUUCUGACCUGCCCUCCUCCCUCCAAUGACACCUAGAUCUUCUUCUGAAGGCACAUCUUUUUAGGUUCUGCCCAGGACAGUUGCAACAUGGCAGCCAGGUUCCUGGGGGCGCCCGGCUCUUUCCGGGCCUUGCCCUUCCUGUUCGGGGUGGCCGCUCUCCUGGGCCUGUUGCCGGUGCUGCACAGCAGUGGGUCGCAGCCCAGCCCGGUGAUCGUGACCCCUCCGGCACACGCCUCCAAGGCCCUCAUCGCCGCCGUGGAGAGCAUCACGGCCGCACCGCCGCCGGUCCCUAAAGAGACUCAGCCGGGGGCCACGCACCCCCAGAACACCUCCACCACCAAGCACAGCAAGCCGCGCAAGCCCUUCCCGGUGGUGGGCAUCGAGUACAAGCACGUCCGCAUCCCCUUUGAGAUCGCCCUGUGGAUCCUGCUGGCCUGCCUCAUGAAGCUGGGUUUCCAUGUGAUUCCCACCAUCUCCAGCAUCGUUCCGGAGAGCUGCUUGCUCAUCGUGGUGGGUCUGCUGGUUGGGGGUCUCAUCAAAGCCGUGGGCGAGGACCCCCCGAUCCUGAAUUCGGACGUCUUCUUCCUCUUCCUCCUCCCGCCCAUCAUCUUGGACGCUGGCUAUUUCCUGCCUUUGCGCCAGUUCACGGAGAACCUGGGCACCAUCCUGAUCUUCGCGGUGGUGGGCACCCUCUGGAACGCCUUCUUUGUGGGCUCCCUGCUCUACGGCGUGUGCCAGAUCGGAGGCACGGACUUGGCGGACAUCGGCCUCCUGGCCAACCUGAUUUUUGGCAGCAUCAUCUCCGCCGUGGAUCCCGUGGCCGUGCUGGCCGUGUUCGAGGAGAUCCACAUCAACGAGCUGCUCCACAUCUUGGUCUUUGGAGAGUCUUUGCUGAACGAUGCCGUCACUGUGGUCCUCUACCAUCUUUUCGACGAGUUUGCCAAAUUUGACCAAAUCACGGUCACGGACAUCAUCCUGGGCUUCCUGAGCUUCUUUGUGGUCUCCCUGGGGGGGGUCUUCAUCGGCGUGGUCUACGGGGUCAUCGGGGCCUUCACCUCCCGCUUCACCUCCCACAUCCGCGUCAUCGAGCCCCUCUUCGUCUUCCUCUACAGCUACAUGGCUUACCUCUCGGCGGAGCUCUUCCACCUCUCGGGCAUCAUGUCGCUCAUUGCUGCCGGGGUGGUGAUGCGCCCGUACGUGGAGGCCAACAUCUCCCACAAGUCCCACACCACCAUCAAGUAUUUCCUGAAGAUGUGGAGCAGCGUCAGCGAGACCCUCAUCUUCAUCUUCCUCGGCGUCUCCACCGUCGCCGGGAGGCAUCACUGGAACUGGACCUUUGUCAUCGGCACCCUCAUCUUCUGCCUCAUCGCCCGGGUUUUAGGUGUCCUGGGGCUGACCUGGUUCAUCAACAAAUUCCGCAUCGUGAAGUUGACCCCGAAGGACCAGUUCAUCAUCGCCUACGGCGGCCUGAGAGGAGCCAUCGCCUUCUCCCUGGGCUACCUCCUCGAAUACGAGCAUUUCCCCAUGAGGGAGAUGUUCCUCACGGCCAUCAUCACGGUCAUCUUCUUCACAGUCUUUGUGCAGGGCAUGACCAUCCGUCCUUUGGUGGACCUUCUAGCCGUGAAAAAAAAGCAGGAGACCAAGCGGUCCAUCAAUGAGGAAAUCCACACUCAGUUCUUGGAUCACCUUCUGACAGGGAUUGAAGAUAUCUGUGGCCACUAUGGUCACCAUCACUGGAAAGACAAGUUGAACCGCUUCAACAAGAAGUACGUGAAGAAGUGCCUCAUUGCCGGGGAACGAUCUAAAGAGCCCCAACUAAUUGCCUUUUAUCACAAGAUGGAGAUGAAACAAGCCAUUGAGUUGGUGGAAAGCGGCGGAAUGGGCAAGAUUCCUUCUGCCGUCUCCACAGUCUCCAUGCAGAACAUCAACCCCAAAACCUUGCCGGUGGAGCGCAUCUUGCCAGCUCUCUCGAAGGACAAGGAGGAAGAGAUCAGGAAGAUCCUGCGCACCAAUUUGCAAAAGACGAGACAGAGGUUACGGUCAUAUAACCGGCACACCUUGGUGGCGGAUCCUUAUGAGGAAGCCUGGAACCAGAUGUUGCUGAGGAGGCAGAAGGCACGGCAGCUGGAGCAGAAGAUCAACAACUAUCUGACAGUGCCGGCACACAAAAUCGACUCGCCGACCAUGUCAAGAGCACGCAUUGGCUCAGACCCUCUCGCUUAUGACCCCAAGCCGGGUUCGGAGAACCUCCCCAUCAUCACCAUCGACCCGGCCUCCCCGCAGUCUCCGGAGUCUGUCGACCUGGUGAACGAGGCGCUGAAGGGGAUGAGCCGCCUCCCGCCGUCCCCGGAGGAGGAGGAGGACGAGGCCGGGCUGGUGAUGAGAGCCAAGGAGCCCUCCUCCCCGGGCACCGACGACGUCUUCACCCCGGGGACUGGGGACAGCCCCAGCAACCAGCGGAUGAUGCGGUGCCUGAGUGACCCUGGGCCGAGGCCCGACCCCGAGGAGGGGGAGCCCUUCAUCCCCAAAGGGCAGUGAGCCCCCAAAUGCACUACUUGACGGGACUGGUCGGGGGAGCUUCCUGCACGUUCACACAGACACAGACAACUCUCUCUCGUACAUAUCCAUCACAGACGCUCUCCUCUCCUCUCUUGCUUUCUCUUCUCUCACUCAGUGUCUCUCCAAUCAUUUCUGUCUCUGCUUCUGUUUUUGGUCUUUCAUUUUGGAAACUUUGCAAGAGCGCCCCCAAGUGGGUAGGUUUGUGAAGGCAGGGAAAAAAACGAAAAGUCAGUCUCCUCUCAUUGAAAUAGUGUCUUGCCCAGGAUUAGGCGUGCUUUACUCUGCUGAGGUCUCCUGCAAUGCCAAUGAAACCUCUUGUCCAUUUGCACUUCAGAGAGCCAGUUUUGAUCGUGGUUGGUUGGUUGUUGUUGUCCAAAACACACCAGAAAAGCUGGAGAAACGUUGUUAACGUCCGGAUUGAGCAGAGAUCGUGGCUAGAUUGUUGAACCCUGUGGAGUGAUCAUUCCUGGGCAGACAUGUCCAAGGCAAGUCAUGACACUGGAUUUGUAUGAGAGUCUGAGUUUGGCUUCAGCUCACCUGCUCUGCGUUAGUGUAACAUCUGCCGGAGUUCAUGUUGUGGCAGUAAGAGGCUUCCAAGCUCCUCCCAAAAAAAAAAACAAUUUCUGGAAUCUCUGUGUCACUGAGGCUCCGUGCCCAGUGGAUAUCCGUAGCCGUAUUUUUAAAUAGCCCUUCCAGCUUGGAAAGAGUUUGGGAUUGUAACCUCUCACUCCGUCAGAAAUGCCGUUGUCAUCCGACACAACUUUCUAAAUUGGGCGAUGCUUGGAGCACGGCUUGGAAUAGUUGCUGCAUUGGGCGACAGGUCUCACAAUCCUAAAACCAGCAUGGCCCUGGUGACUUUUCCAAGCGGUAGGUUGGAGAGCAGCUUUCGAAUUAGAAGAUUUCUUCAAAAACACUUCCAUGGAGCCAUACCUUCUUUUAGUCUUUCAAAGGUCUUUUAGUUUGUUGUUUUCUGCUCUGUUCUUGGUUGUUUUUGUCACUUUCCUCUAAUCCAGGCAUGGGCAAACUAAGGUUUGGGGCCCUGGAUGCUUACCUCAGGCCCUCCUUAUUUUCCUUGUUCUCUUGGCAGAAGGACAAGGAGGUCCACCUUGUCUUUAUGCCAAAAAGAUGUGGGAGGAAGGCACGUAGUAGUUGAGAGCUCUCUGGAGCGCUCUCAGCCACCUUGUGUCUUGCUCUCCUCCCAGUAUAAGGACGGUGCGAGCGGUCCCAUCCAUAUGCCGGGAGGAUUGCCCUAGGAAGGCACACUGCGACUGAGAGCUAUCCGGAGCAUUCUCAACCACCUUGUGUCUUGCUGUCCUCCCGGAAUAAGGACAGUUCAAGCAGCCCCAUCCAUAUGCAGGGAGGACUGCUCUAGGAAGGCAUACUGUGGCUGAGAGCUCUCCGGAACACUCUCAGCCACCUUGUGUCUUGCUCUCCUCCCGGAAUAAGGACAGUUCAAGCAGCCCCAUCCAUAUGCCGGGAGGACUGCUCUAGGAAGGCAUACUGUGGCUGAGAGCUCUCCGGAACACUCUCAACCACCUUGUGUCUUGCUGUCCUCCCGGAAUAAGGACAGUUCAAGCAGCCCCAUCCAUAUGCAGGGAGGACUGCUCUAGGAAGGCAUACUGUGGCUGAGAGCUCUCCGGAACACUCUCAGCCACCUUGUGUCUUGCUCUCCUCCUGGAAUAAGGACAGUUCAAGCAGCCCCAUCUAUAUGCCGGGAGGACUGCUUUAGGAAGGCACGCGGUGACUGAGAGCUCUCCGGAGCACUCUCAGCCACCUUGCUCUCUCCUGGAAUAAGAACAAUACGAGCAGCCCUGUCCAUGUGCCGGGAGGACUGCUCUAGGAAGGCACGUGGUGACUGAGAGCUUUCCGGAGCACUCUUAACCACCUUGUGUCUUGCUCUCCUCCCAGCAUAAGGUUGUUGAGAGCAGCCUCAUCCAUAUGCCGGGAGGACUGCUCUAGGAAGGCAUGCUGCGGCUGAGAGCUCUCCGGAGCACUCUUAGCCACCUUGUGUCUUGCUCUCCUCCCGGAGUAACGAUGGUACGAGCGGUCCCACCCUUAUGCAGGGAGGAGUGCUCUAGGAAGGCAUGCUGUGGCUGAGAGCUUUCUGGAGCUCUAGACUGAAGUCUGAAGGUGUCCUUCAACAAGAGGGUUGAUCUUACUCCAGAUUUGGUGACCUUGCUGUUAAAUCUGUCCUGAGUGCAUGCCUCUCUCUCCUUCGCAAGACCAUCUAGGUCAGGCAUGGGCAAACUUGGGCCCUCCGGGUGUUUUGGACUUCAACUCCCACCAUUCCUAACAGCCGGUAGGCUGUUAGGAAUGGUGGGAGUUGAAGUCCAAAACAC